AUGGCUACUGACAGCUGGGAACCCGUCAAGCCUGAAGGCCUGGCGUUGGCGAUGUAUGUCACGACUGUUAUUCUUUCAGUAUUAUGCACCAUCGUUGUUGGGUUGAGAGCGUACAUUCGAACACGGAAUAACUGCAUCGGCAUGGAUGACUACUUGAUGAUUGCUGGCUGGGCGGCAUACAUGGGCCACAACAUUAUCGUCAGUAUUGGAUGCCACAGGGGCAUUGGUACAGUCCAAAGUACACUCGAUACGCUGCAGGUGCAAGAAGCGAACAAGAUUUUCUAUGCAUUUACUCUGGCAUUGGUCAAAUCGAGUAUCUGCAUAACUGUUAUCCGAAUCGCAAACGAAAGGAAAUACAUUCGCAUACUGCAAGCCCUCAUCAUCAUGUCCGUCGCCUUAAGCGGAUUCGGUGUCAUCUUCAUAAUAGUUCAAUGCCGACCAUUUGAAGCACAUUGGAUUCCCUCCAAGGGAAAGUGUUUCAGCAAAGUCAUUCCUACUGUUUUGACGUACGCUGCAUCGGUGUCCAACGUCAUCACCGAUUUUGCUGUUGCUGUUAUUCCAAUGUUGCUUGUGCGAAAGUUACAGAUGCGACGCAAGUUGAAGCUAUAUGCUCAACUUAUUAUGGCACUGGGCAUGCUCGCAUCGAUCGCGAGUAUAGUCCGUAUUCCAUACUCCAAUGCUUAUAUGAAACCCGAAAACUUCGUCCAUUCAGUAGGGAACAUAAUUCUCUGGACAGUCAUCGAGUGCGGAGUAGGCGUUUUCGCAGGUUCCCUCCCAUCACUAAGAGCAUUUUUUAAAAGCCUCGUCAAGGACAGGAGUACAAACGACCAAAGCGCAUCUCACAACACGACCGACCUAAUAACUAUCGGCCGCAUGAGGGGUAGGCCAAGUAGAACAACAGAAAUUGAGUUGGGAACGCAACGGCCGGGAAGCAACGAUUCUGACGAUGGUGCUCAACAUGACGACGACAGCCAACGCCGAAUUAUUGUCAAAGUUACAAAGUCAUUCCGCGUUGAGGAACGUCAGAGUGAUGAAGAACAGUUAUGUGAAAAUAGAAUGGGGAAAAUGUAA